AUGGCAGUCUCUGAAGGCAUUCACAUCAACAAUGAUUCCAGUCAUUUCAGUCCCGGUAGGCUUGUAGAGACUGCUAAGUUUCUCGUGGACGCUAAAUCCAGUUUGUUGGAAGAUUUGAACGUGGAAAACGAAGAUUUGUCAAAAGCAGGACACGGCUCUGAUGACCAGAACCAUCAACCUGUGCAAAAUGUUUCCAAGGGAGGAAGAGUGCGUGCAGACAGGGUGCGAUCUUACAUACAUUAUUUCUACCAUUUGAUGGAGGAGGAAGUGGAAAGUGGGAAUAGCAGAGGAACCGUAUACCAGGGUGUUGAAGGUGUGUACAACCCGCUACAAGUGAUAAGAAACCGAAAGGUCAAGAAAAAGCAACACCACCAUCUGCGUAAUGAAAUUGCCUUUUUAAAACCGCCAAUUCUGGCUAUUCGGGAUUUCUCCAGCCAACCGGAACGAGACUUUCCGUGGUUUGUCGACGUUACUGAAAGAUCUGGUGAUCUCUCAUGGAGAAUGACCAAUUGGGAGCAUUUACGCAGGCCAGACGGCAAGCGCUGGUUCGCCAAGCAUCACAACCGAGGGUCGCAUUCUACAACGGUUACUUCUCGUUCUUCCCCAGGCCAAUUGUACAAGGAUAAUAAUGGCUUGAGCUCCUCCAAGGACCCGCAAGAACUUCCGGCCUUGGCUCCGGUGUCGGCUUCGGGUCUCAAGUUGCCCACUAUUUCGGUGGAAAGCGUCGACCAAACAGAACCGGAACAACCAGCGCGCUCUUGGGAUAAAGCCCUUAUCAAAAAUAAACUACUGCCACGUCCAGAAUUUCAUGGCAAGGGAAUUGGUGCGCACUACCUCUUUGAAGACCGCGGUCUACAAGGACGAGGGUAUGCUAGUCAUGAGCAACUUUCUCAUACCACGCCGACGCGACCUUCCUAUCAUCAUCGCAAUGCUUCUGACAUCCAAAUACGAAAUCUCAGACGGCCUAAUAACCUUGAAACACCAAGUAACACAGACUCAAAUUCCAAUCAGGCCUCCUGUGAGUUUUUAGAGCUAAAAAGCCCGUUUGAGCCCGCUCCACUGGAAAAUACCAUUUUCGAAACUCAGUGCAACGAUCUGAAAUACCUGAGCUGUGUAUGGAGCGUAAUGCAUAAUCGACAAAAGACGCUCUGUACUCUGCAAACCCGUCGCGCUAAGAAAGACCAACUGAUUACUUUUGAUGACCCUAAUGCGUUUUGCGAACCAGCCGAAAAGGCGCUACAUGAUUAUCGAAACGAGCUUUUGGGGGCGUUGAAAACUUGCGAUAUCUGGAAAUCAAGGUUACUCAACGAUUACUCGAUUCGUGUGGAGAGUCUUCUCUCUUCCAGCGAUCGGGUUUUAAGUGACAUCAACACCACCUUGACGCUGAGGCUCAAACAGUUGCAAGAAAAAAUCGACAGGUUUGGCACGCUAAGGCGAAUGAACAAGGAACCGCUCAGAAUUUUCCUGUAUAGGGCUUUGGAAGUCUUGAUCGUUUUACUAUUUUGGAUUAUCUGGUUCUGUUUUACGGUGCUAAAAAGUGUGAAGUUCGUGAUAUUGACAUUAUACAGGAUUGCUAGUUCGGUAGCGUGGUGA